AUCCGUCUUCCUUGACGCCGAUCCGGGCAGCCCCACCCGUCGCCUUAGCCGUCGCGGCUGGGAUGAUUUCGGAUGAGGAGACGGACAUCAGCAACAUGACCUCAGUGACCGAUUCUCGGGCCAGCAGCAAAGAUGUGGGGAAGAUUCAGGCCCUGAGUUCUCAUGUGUGCCGCAUGCGUCACUUGUUGCUGUUGAUUGGCCUAUCCUUGUGCUCCCAUCUGAUCGGAGCCGAUGUUCCCUACAUUGAGAAUACGUUUUUCGCUCAAGGCUAUGGGGGCGGCGACUGCGAGGUGGAUCCCAAGAGCGAGCCGUGUCGUCGAGGGGCGGCACUGAGCGCCGAGAUCUUCGGCUGGACGCAUGCUGCAGCAAAUCUCCUCGCGAUGGUGAUGGCCGUCUUCCUAGGCUCGGUCAGCGAUGUGAUGGGACGCCGACCCCUGGUGCGUGCCGUUGGGGUGGCCAACACGAUGCCGCUGCUGGCAGUGCUGUUGCAUCUCACCACAGGAUUCUCCCUUUGGGUCUAUGUGGUGAUCACCCCUUUGGUAGAAUCUUUCAACAUCAAUGGCGUUUAUUUGGCAAUCAUGAGCGAUAGCAUCGAAGACCCUGAGGAGAGAGCAGCAGCCUUUGGAACCUUCAUGGCUUGUUCAAUGCUGAUGAUUGGAGUGGUGAUGCCCUUUGGAUUUCUGCUGCCCCGAUCAGUGGCCCUGGUCGUGUCCGUGGUCUGUGCCGUGUUGAAUCUGAUUUAUCUCUUCCUCUUCUUCCCAGAGACCUCCCAACAUGCGAAAGCAACCUCCGCAGCGGCGCAAGAAACGGCCAAUCCGCUUCGAUCCAUGAAGGAUGCGUUCCGGGUCAUCUCACGCAAUACCUUCAUGUUGCGCUUGGCGGUGGUCUUGAUGGUGGCUGGUCUGGGGGCCAGUGGCUAUGCCAUCGUUUUUCCUCCGUUCAUGAUGGGCUACUUGGGCUUCACUCGACAGGAGAAGCUGAUCCUCUUCGCUGCAGGGGCUGUGUCCGCACUCGUCACCUUCGGCUGUUUGCUGGGCCCCUUGGUGCGUCGCCUAGGAUCCGUGAGAGUCCUGCGCAUCAGCAUGUCCAUCGCAGCCUUCAUGCCGAUUGCCAUAGCCCUUUGCCAGGACCGUGUGCAGCUCACAAUACUCACCUUCAUCACCAGUGGCCCACUGUUCAUGGCGAUACCGUUGGUCUCAGCGUUGAAGAGCGGCUUAGUGAAACCCUCGGAGCAGGGCUUGAUCCAAGGUGCCAUUGCGUCCAUUGGGAAGGGAGCGUCCACCCUGGGGUUCAUCAUCUUCAGCACCAUUUUUGGCAUGAGCACGAAAAAUGGCGAAGACACAGGGCUGGCUGCUGUGCUGCCGUCCUUCGGAACCAUUGCCCUGAUCAGCUUCGUGGCGUUGGCCCUGGCCUGCAGUCUACCAGAUGCACCGUUAACAUCGGUGGAUGUGGAAGACAGCUUGGUGGAGACGGGAACCUAUUCGGACAACUCAGCGGCUGAGCAGUGAGUAGCGUCUUCCAAGCAUCUUCAAAGCGUUUCUCGGG